UCUUUAAACCGGAAGUAAUUGGACCGCGAUUCACUGCCCUCCAGGAGAUGAAUACAUAACCUCGUCAGAUCAUGGCAAAUAACAGAAGAAUAGUACUAGUAUUUGGAGGGUUUGUUGCAGCCGUUGCAGCCACAUUCUACCCCAUACUCUUCUAUCCAAUGUCGCAUACAGAUGAAUACAAACAAGUUCAGACAGUCAACCGAGCGGGCAUCAAUCAAGCAGACGUACAGCCUGUGGGAGUGAAAGUUUGGUCAGAUCCAUACAAGUCCAAGUAAUGGAUCAUUGUCCAAGAUCGAUCAGAGUGAAUAUUUUGACAAGACCGAAGAAGCCUGUGCCGGAGCAGUGAUUGCAGAUUGCCUAAUGAACAGUUUGACAAUGAUGUGAGUGUGUGUGUGUGUGUGUGUGUGUGCGCACGCUUGUAAUGCACUUAUUGUGUGGAGGUGAUGGUUUGGGUUGCAUUCUUUGAAGAACACUUUAUCCUAUGAAUAAAGUCUGUUGGGUGUUAAACGCUGGAAUAUGAUUUUAAGCUAUGGAAUCUAUCCCAUUUGGUUCAUAGAAACCAGAAGGCUCUUUGGUCUGGUUGUACUACAUUUGACAUCCAUGCUCCUAUUUAAAUGCAUAAUUACUAGUAAUGUGUAGCUCUGGAUGUUGUGCAGAGAAUAAACAUUUGAGCUGUU